UUCCCGUAGAGAGGAGUGGGCGGGGCCCAGAGAGGUCAGGGGAGCGAUGCAUGCUGGGAAAGCACGUGUUUGCGGAGACGUGAAGUUGCGUCGUGUUUCUGAUCGUUUUCGUUGUUUCUCGAAAACUUGACGUUGAUUUCACUCGGUGCUGCCGGAUUUUUCCACAAUGUCGUCCAAAAAGAACCAGGGCGGCGAUGAGCGCUUCGCUCGGGUGCAGAGGGACCCGCGCUUCUGGGAAAUGCCCGAGAGGGAACGCAAGGUCAAGAUCGACAAGCGUUUCCAGUCCAUGUUCCACGAGAAGCGCUUUCAGGUGAAGUCCACAGUGGACAAACGAGGCCGCCCCAUCAACCACACCUCCUCCGAAGACCUGAGACGCUUCUACAAACUGGACUCCGAGGACGAAGAGGACGUGGAGAGAGAGGAGGUGACGGAGAGAGGGAAGAAGGUGAAGCUGGUGAAAGGUGAGAGAGAAGCAGUGCAGAGCAAAGAAGAUGAAGACGAGGAGUCUGAAGAUGAAGGUGAGAGGAUGAUCUUCAUCCACUAGUUUCAGUUGUUCACU